UGCAUAAGAUCUUAGGAUUUAACAUCGAGUGGAUUUUUUUUAAUUAGAAUUGGGGAAGACCUUACAUUAUUUCAGCAUGAAGAAACGAGGACGUGGAAGACCUUCUACUCGUGGACAAGGAGUUGGGACUAGCCAACCUGGGGCUGAAAGCACGCCGAGCUCCGUGGAAAGAUCAACUCUAGCAGCAUCAAAAACAGUCGCUCAUCAAAAGACUUCAGCAGCAUCUGCAGUGAGCUGUCAACUACAGCGUCGAUCAUCAGGUCGUAUCAAUCCUGCCCUCCACGAAACAGGCUCAGAGCUAUCAAGGAGCAUUGCCCACAGACCGGCUAAAAAGGAUGGAACGAGCCAUGAGAGCGGCGCAAUAGAUGUCGAUGAUCAGCAGAAACACUGCAGUGCAGUACAGCACAAGCAACUCGAUGAGAAACUAACUUCAACUGAAAGUUUCGCUUCAGGACUUGCAGAACUGACAAGCGGAAUCAAUUUACAAGAUGACGUGCUCAACACUAUCAAGGCCCAAAUGCGUUUAGUUCAAGCCCAGAGAAAUCAGUCCAACAAUGCAUCAAGUGAACAGAGAGCAAGGAGCUUGCUAUAUCCUGGAUCCCCAAUUUUUCGAAAUACCGGACUGGUCAUUCGGUCAGUAGCUCCUAAAGUAAGAAACAAUUUCAAUCCAUACAGACCGGCACAAGUCGCCGCCAAUGUCGAUGUUGGUGCCCCGCCAAAAGUCGAAGAACAAGAUGGAAGGACACUCCCGCUUCAUGCCUAUACUGAACUCCAAAGGAAUGGACAACAGAAAUCUAUUGAUGUGGAAACUUGGUCAUAUGAGUCACCAGAUCAGCAGCAGAGACACAAUCAACAAGAGAACGCCUUACGUAUACUUGAAAGGUCAUUCGAAAGUGUCAACAUAAACUCAACGGCAAAAGGUGCAGGUCAAGCAAACUCAUUGUCAUCUACAGACAGGCUGGACGACCUCAGUCAGAGCGAAACAACUACAUUACCAAUGUCCAAAGUUUCUCCCGAACACUAUUCGGAGUUGAAUGUUGCUAGCCAGGAAAGACUUUUUCACAAGGAAACGAAACAAUCUGAGUUGAAUGACGUUACAACUUUGAUGCAUUUAUCAUCGCCGUUACCUCAAGCCACCAUUUCCAAGGAGUACGUAACAUCCGACAACUUCAAAGCUGCUCUUGAUUCAGCCCUAGCGUCUGAAUAUCAACUUACAUCUUCCAGCUCCUGUUCUGCUUACAGAUCUACAGCAAAGAUCAAGAACGACUUUGAGAGCGGCGAAAGUCUUCAAGGCUCUCUACUCAUGGAUCCUGGACCAGAAAAUACAAAUAAAUAUUUUCUUUCUUCGUUUCACCAGACAACAGAUUUUGUAACCACGACCAAAGAAGAGACUUUAAGAGAUGACACCAAACGCCAAAGUCCAGAAAAUAAAGAAGAUGCUAAUGCAGAAUACAAUUCUAAAGUAUCCAAACGAUUCCAACACCCACGACCAGAUGCUGACAUAUAUUUUUUGUUAAUAGAUACACAUCGAUCAAUGUUUCGACCCAUGAACGAAUCUAUUAAAGCUUCAACAGCAGACUUACAACUGCUGAAACCACUGAGUUCAGUUGUUGGAAUGUCACCAGAUGUCGUAAAGCCCCAAUCGGAAUUCAAUGUAGAUCAUGCAGAUUAUCCUUGGUCUAAUUCUGGUGUCAAAUGUGUGCCACUGGCGUUGAAUAUCAAAGUUGAGAAACCAAACAAUAAAACUCAAUGCGUAAACUGUAAGAGAGUUUACAGAUGGCCACAUGUGCUAACAUGCUUUCACAGUCUCUGUUACAUGUGUAUUGUGGCCAAGUAUGAUAGCCAAGAACGUUCGUUGAACUGUCUAAUUUGCCACAAAUGUACAAAGGUGUCUGAUGGCCUUGAUGGCUUUCAGAUAGACUUACCUCUCUGUACGGAAAUGGUGAAUGCAAACAUAUCGCCAUUCCUCUGCACAUCCUGCAAACAAGAGAAUGAAGCGAAUCAUUUUUGCUCUACGUGUAAGAACUUUCCGUGCCAUGUUUGCCUCCCUUUGCACAAGACGCACAUUAUUAAACCGCCAAAAGUGACCCUGGAUGAAAGCGGAAACGUUGUGCCCUACUGUGACGAGCAUGCUGGGAUGCCUAUUGGGAUGUACUGCAAGACGUGCUCUAUACUGGUUUGUAAAUACUGCACCAACGGUAAACACUCCAGUCAUAUUAUUUGGACAAUUAAUGCUGCUGCGGAUGAUGCAGCUAAAAAGGUCAAACAGAUGAAAGCGAACAUAGAGACUAUGCAGACGGGAUGUCGGAAACAGAUUCAGAAUUUGAACAACGUGAAACAACAGAUGGAAGAGAAAGACAAACGAGUCCGAAAUGAAAUUCACCGCAUUUGUAAUUCUUUGAUUGAUACCAUCAACAGUUCCGAGAAAGUCUCUCGAAUGUUGGUGAACAAAGCCCACGAUGAAAUCGUGGAGCAAAUGCAGCACAUGGUCAGAGAGGUGAAUGACUACAAGACUCUCUACGAGCAUUCCCAAGAGCUAGCCCCCAGGUAUAUCAAUCAGAACAACGUAGAAGAGUUCUCGCUCUGCCUUUCCCAUGUCAUCAAAACGUUUGACACUUUAGACAAGUUCUACUCUACUUCGCCAUUGGCUAAGCCAAAUUUCAGUGUGGAUAUCAAGUUUCAGCCAGAUUAUCGCGAGUUUGACGAAGCGAUUCACCAUUGCUUUGAAAACAUUCACUUCGAGCACAACAUUAGACUCGACUCUCCAACGCUUCUAGACAGGGGGCUUAGCCCAACAUACACUCACAAUAAUGCCGAGCUGUCAGAGAAUGAGCUUAGUGUGAUAGGCGACCAGGAGGCAGUUGAGGAUAACACAGACAUCAAUGCUGUUGACAUGUAUCCAAACUUUAGCAGAAUCACUACACCCUUCACCAGGGCGUUUGGGAAAUACGGACGAGGGCAGUACGAGUUUAUAGAGCCGUGUGGCGUUCUUUAUCUCCAUGACGGCAGCUUAGCAGUGUGUGAUGCCAAGAAUCAUAGGAUUACCGUAUUCGACCAAGAAGGCUUGUUUAUUAGAAGCAUUGGCGAGACUAAACCUGCGUGUCCAGACGCUUCUGACACAGAUGUAACAUUAACCAGGGUAAGAGGAAAGCUUUGCUACCCAUACCGAGCAGCUCAGUGUCCAAGAAGUCAUAACAUUGUUGUAGUGGAACGACCUCCAAGCUUGUUCAUUCAGAUAUUUUCCUUCGAAGGGGAGUUUAUUGGCUCAUUUGGAGAGAAGAAACUGAGUUAUCCCCGAGGCUUGGCGGUGGACGAAUGUGGCUUUAUCUUUGUGGUAGAGAGCAGAACCAUGAAGUUUUUCAUCUUCGACCAGAACGGGGACGAGAUAGCGCAGAAGUUCUUGGCCAGUCACCUGCAGUUUCCCAAUGACAUUGUGGCCAGACGAGGCAAGAUCUACAUCAGCGACAACAGGUCCCACUGUGUCCACGUCUUUGACUAUGAUCUCAAUUGCUUGGGCAGCAUUGGCAAUGAGAGCUUGACCUACUUUCCUAUAGGAGUUGCCCUGAGUUAUUCCGAUCACGUCAUUGUAACAGACAACCACAACACAUUUAAUAUUACUGUCUUCGCCCAAACUGGUCAGCUGGUUUGCGGGUUCAAGUCCCGAUCUAAACACGCCAACUGCUACAACGUAGCACUCCACCCCACUCGCCAUGAGCUAGCAGUGACAACCAAAGAUUGCAAGGUGUUGAUCUUUCAUUUCCAGCUCUGGCCAGAAGUGCCUUCUUUAGUUAUGAAGGGGGACUUCCUGGUCCACGAUUAG